AUGUUAGCAGUAAACCUUUUCCUUUUGGGCUUCUUCUUCAAUUUUUCCAUAUUCUAUGCCACUGAAGUUGACUACCUGAAUCACAGUUGUUCAAGCAAUAAAACCUUCACUCCAAACACGCCCUACCAAUCCAACCUCCAAACCCUCCUCACAUCCCUAGCUUCCCAUGCCACCACCACACAAUUCUUCAACACCACAACGGGUGGUGGAGACGCCAACGAAAUCGUUUAUGGCUCCUUCAUGUGCCGUGGUGAUGUCACCAACCACACGUGCCAAGAAUGCAUUAGAACUGCAACCCAACAAAUAUCCAAAGUGUGUCCCAACUCCAAAGAGGCCUUAAUUUGGUACCACGAAUGUUUGGUUCGUUAUUCGAACCGCUGUUUUUUCUCCACCUUGGAGGAGUUGCCUAGGUUUAACUUCAUGGAUUACAACGUAACGAAUUCAACAAAGGAGGAAGGAAGCUAUGGAUUCUGGUUGUUAUCGAAAACGUUGAGUGAUGCUGUGAGUGAGGCAGCGAACGCUGGUCCCGCAGGCACCAUGAAAUUCGCAACGAAAAACGCUACCGUGUUUGGGUCUCAGAAAGUUCAUACUCUUGUUCAGUGCACGCCAGAUCUAUCAAGCGAAGAUUGCAGCAAGUGUUUGGGUGAUAUUAUGAGAGAUAUUUCUUUGUGUUGUCUUGGAAGGGUUGGUGGAAUGGUUCUGUUUCCCAGUUGCACUUUGAUGUUUGGGGCAAGACAUUUCUACAGAGAGAUUACUGUUGUUGGUUCUAAUGGAACCCAAAUAUCAGAACCUCCAGGUAAACUCUCGUUUCAUGCCUAA